AUGGGUUCGUGUGGGGGAUUGCCCCCCAUCCCGUCCAGUCAAGUGGGCGUGCCCGUAAGGGAUAUCCUCCGGUUCCUAAGUGCAGGCCACGUUUCGUCCAGAGUGGCGUCCCAACAAGUGGAAAUUGGGACAUUCCUUUUUCUCUUUGCCCCAGACUUUCGGGUUGACAACCCCGGAAUCUGGCAUAUCUUUCUAGAAUGCCAUUUCCGUUCGACCACACACGUUGCGCCACGCCGUUUUGAGUUUGGGUACACUCCAGCUAUUGGACUUCCAGCCGACCACCGUCGGAUCUGGGGUUACCACGACGAUCCAUGUCUGACAAUGCGGAUCAAUCUCGCCGAGACUCCGUGGGCACACGGCAAUGGCAAUGGGACAAACGUUUCUUCGUCCGGGCUGUCCGAAUGCGCCCCAGGGUGCCCAGAGUGGUCCCAAUUUUAUUUUCCGUGGGGAUGUUUCUCUUCCGAGGCUAUUGUCCGUUUCAGUCGCACGGACAUCUCGUUUGCAGAAUUCCCCCAGACUCGACAACGGCGCUAG